CAAGUCAGUGGCACACUCUGGUUGGUUGUAAAUAGGAAUGAAAACAGUGAGCAGUUUGCUUCUGUUUAGUCCGAACUUCAACUUCAAGUAGGCCAGAGUCCGAGAAAACGCUGCCGCUACAGACAGCGGAGUAGCUUUAAAUCAACGGCAGUCCUUUAGUUACCGGAAUCCUGCUGUUGGUGAGGAAACAACAUUUAUAAGCAUGGAUAGGGGAAAUAAUGUUGAACAUCCACAAUUGAAGCCCUCAGUUGUUUUAACUGGAACUGCCAAAGAAGGUAGUGUUGGGCCACCUGUUGGUCUUGUAGACAUUGGUGUGAGUGAAGGUGCCUACCUUUUCCGAGUUGCACUUCCUGGCAUCCGAAGGGAUCAAAGUGAGAUGAAAUGUGAGAUCCACCAGAAUGGGAAGGUUCAUAUCCAAGGAGUUAUAACAGAUGGAACUAUCCUGAAAGAUUCAAGUGCAUAUCAGAUGAAAGUCCAGCAACUGUGCCCGUCUGGACCUUUCACCAUUUCCUUUAAUCUGCCAGGACCUGUUGAUCCCCGAUUGUUUUCUCCCAGUUUUCGUCCUGAUGGUAUCCUGGAGGUGGUGGUUAUGAAAUACAAAGUGCACAAUACUCCUCCAGGAGAUGGUUUGCAUCCUCACCCGUAAGGAAUUUAAGGAGUUGUCCGAUACCAAAUAUCACAAGGCAAGUCUUAGAGAUCAAAAGUCAAGGUACCUAGAUGCAUAAUUACGUUAUUAUAUCUGAGAAAAUAUAGAGUCUGCACAGUCAAUAUAAGGCGACUAUAAACUCUGUAAUGUUGCAUGUCCAAUUAGGAGCUAACAAAUGCAUGCCUUGCUGUUGAAUGAAAUGAAUUUAUCCAGCAGCAAAAAUUCUUUCCUUGAAGAUCUUGUUCUUCAUGUUGUGUUCAUUAGUUUGUGAGCUUUUGGAUGCAUCUUUUAAAUCUCAUUGAUCAAAACUAAAUUUUGUAAUGCUUCACCUCUGCUUUCCUGUGGAUUAAUAUAAUUGUAUCUUCAUUUUAUCA